GAUCAUCAGUCCCUUUACGUUAUUGAAUGCAUAUGUUCUGCAGUUGUAUCAACACUUUCCUCGUCAGAACACGUGAAAAUGACUUUAAGAUGUAUUUUGCUUCUGUUGCUUUUACUCACUUACACAGCAUAUACAAGGGCUGAGCAAGAUCAAUUGGACUGUAGCCAGCUGUUAAGUUUGAAAGCCAGAAAACUCUGCAGAGAGAAAGAAGAAAGCGAGUACUGGAAAAUUGAUAGUUCAUCUGAAAUCCUGCAAGAUACUGUUGUGAAAGACGACAGAAAUGAUUUGAUUGAUUCUCCCGUUACUCCUAAACCUAGAAAAGGACCCGUUUUGUACACUCCAGUCACCACACCUAGACCAGAGGAUGCCUGGACCAGAGAUCUACCAGAGUGUAAAGAUCUAGAACCAGAAACCAGACAGGAGGGUGAGAACUGUAAGGUAGUGGUACACAUUGAACCAGAAAUAAGGUGGAGGGAUCAGGUGUUUGAGAAGUUACUUCCUCAAUCCUGGCAAGAUAUUCAAAGAAGGAUAAACUUUGAGAGAACCUUUUAUGGAAUGAGCAUAGAACCUCUAAACAAUAUACCUGGAAUGUAUGUUGAUCGAAACGAAGGAGUUUAUAAUAUCAAACUAAACCUUAGUGAUAUAGAAAUCCACGGGCUCUCUACCAUUUAUCUAAAUGAGACUUUAGUUACAAGAUCUGAGAGUUUAAGUGAUCUCGAUAUGAAGAUGGUUUUCAGGUUUGAAACAUUAAAAGCGAAUGGUCGGUAUUCAGCUGUUGGUGGAGAUUUCUCUGGAUGGUUUACGAUAGAUUCAGACGGUGUUCAAGACUUUGAUUUUGUACUUCAAGAUGCUACAAUAUCCCCUCGUAUCAAACUAGAUACAACAGAUCUACAUAGGUAUGGAUGUGGAUUGGACGGAAGUGUACUGCUCACAGAUAUUGAAGUUCCCUUCACAUGGUCAGACAUGUCAAUAAACUUUGUAAACCUAGGAUCCGGAUAUAAUACUUUAUUGAAUAUCAUCGCAACAUACAUAUUCAAAUCUCAGGAGAAGAAUGUUGUUGAUCUUGUGAAGGAUAAAGUGAAAGAAGAACUAAACUCUCUACUCUGCUGAAUUUGAACUCUCUUCUAUAUUUAAAACAACUUUUCAUUUAAGUUAGUUUUCUGAGCCUUAUAAACUAAUUGAUCACUAUCCACUACUCUAAUUUUCUAAAACCCGUAUGUCUUAGCAAUUUAAUUUUGUAAACACUUAAUUUUUGAAUACUUGUUUUAUUUGUUCUCCCAGAGUUCAAAGUUUGAAUUAUCAAAGUUAUUCUACAGCAUCAGGUUGAAAGUAGGAUUAGAAAAAUUAGAUUUUAAAAUUUUUAUUUUCUUUCGUGUUAAAUAUGUCUCUAAGAUUGCAGGAAUUAAAAUCUUUCCUCAAAUAAGAACUGUUCCCCCCUGACUUUAUCCAAUAAAAAGUUUCCAUUGAUUACCAACUCAAUAAUGAAACUAUUGAACACUUCGUAAGAAAGUUCUAUUUCUAUUCUUUAUCCUAUUCACUAUAAAUAUAUAAUAUGUAGAUAUCAAAACUAUUUUUAUUUAUAGAAAUUUAUUUAUAACGAAUUUAUUACUUUUGCACAGAUAUCCAAUAAAUAUAAAAAUGAAUGCGAAAUAAUUCCCAAUGUUGCAAUCAACAGUUUUAGGAGUUGAACAUUUAUAUGACCAUAGGGAGUCACGAAAAAACGCAUUGCAAUUAUGCAUAUUAACUUUUUAAAUGUCUAUGAUGAUCCUCACAACAUUAUUUGGAAACAUUCUAUUCGUCAAGAAAUAUACAUUGAUUAAGAACCAC